AUGCCGAUUCCGCCCGUCAACACCGGCCGCCGCUCCUUCACCCAUCAAGGACAACUGAUCUAUGAGUGGGAGCAAUCGCUUGAAGAAGUGAACCUGUUCAUUCGCCCGCCUCCAGGGAUCACGGCCGCACACCUGAAUUGCACAAUCACACCGACGCGGCUGACCCUUGGCCUGAAAGGAAGCGCCGACAGAUUUCUUGACCACGAGUUCUCGAGCCAAGUUGUGGCAGAUGAAUCGUACUGGAUGCUCGACGGGGGUGAAUUGAACAUUAACCUGCAAAAGAUGAAGAAAGGACUCACGUGGGACUGCGUGUUUGUCGGCCACGGCGAGCUAGAUCCACUGACCAAAGGCGAAGUGCAAAAGAAGCUCAUGCUCGAGCGCUUCCAGCAAGAAAACCCUGGGUUUGACUUCUCCAAUGCUGAAUUCAACGGCGCCGCGCCCGACGCGCGGACGUUCAUGGGCGGCGUCAAGUACACGUAG